AAAAAAUCAUCAUCAUCAUCAUCAUCAUCAUCAUCAUCGGUCAUUUUUUUGAUUCCAGAAAAUAUUCUAUUCACACCAGAAAUAAACGACAUGCAUGAGAAAAAAAAUGAAAUGUUCUCCACUGACCGUUAAUAAUUAUAUAUAUUGAAAAUCAAAAUAUCAUGACCAACUCGUUUUAAUUUCGUGCGGCAAAAUUUUUUCGCAUCAACACCACCGCCACCACCACCACCAUCAUCAUCGUCAUAUAAAAUUGUUUUUGACAAAAUCAUCAUUUCAAAUGAAAAUUAUCCGUUUACUUUUUGACUAUAUUACUCGGUAUCAAAUAUUCUUGAUGAUGGUUGUCGGUUACCACGCCCAGCAAUUGAAAUACUAUUUUCUAUCGAUCGAUCACAACAAACGGGUCAACAACAACAACAACAAAAACGGGAAAUGAAAAGUAAUAACCGAUCAAGACAUUUUAUCGAUGAUUUCAUCAGCUUGAAUCCUUGCUUUGGUUCCAAAUUCUGGUUCCAUAUACACAUUAAUAUAGGAAAUUUAUUUAUUUUCAAUUGAAAAAUUUCCAUCUGGCCUAGUAGACUGUGUACUUAGUGGGUUGUUUUUACACACUCAUGUACACGACUUUGAUAAUAAUAGAAUUUAUUAAUUGGCUUCCACCCAAUCAUCAUCAUCAAUAUUAAUAGUAGUCGUUAAUGGUUUUUUCACUCUCUCUUCAUUGUUUUACAUAACGUCAGUGUAUGAAAAUGUAUCAUCAUGUGAUUGAUUUGAUAUGUAAAUAUAUCCGAUCGUGCCCUGUGAUUGUGAUUCCUCUGAAAAUCUGGAAUAAAAUUCUGUUUUUUAAACAAACAAACAGAAAUAAAAGUUUGAUGUUGGGUCCGCAUUCGAUUUUUUGCCCGUUUUCAAAAACCAAAUGAAUUUUUUUGAUAUAACCAGAAAAUGUCAUAUCGAUUAUCAUUAUCAAAACCAUCGAAUAGAUGGCCAUCAUCGUUGACAUCGUCAUCAUUGACAUCUUCGACGUCAACAGUGGCGAUAAAUUCAUUUCUAAUAAACAUAAUAUCAACAAUAGCUAUGGCUAUAGUAACAGCUGCCAUUAUUGUUUCGGCAACAUCUAGAUCAUUACCAUCAUCAUCAUUAUCAAUGACAUCAGAAACAUCUGUUAUGGAUGUUGACAAUUCCAACAACAACAACAACAACAACAACAAUGAUUCUACAUCAUCAUCAAUAUUAAUGAUGGCCUUGAUGAAUGGUUUUGAUGAUCAUAAUGAUGACGACGAUGAUAAUGGUUGGCCACCAUCAUCAACAGAAUUGACAUCCAUCCAUCAUUUACAACCAUAUCUUUCUCGUUUAUCAUCAUCAUCAUCAUCAUCAGUGCAUUAUGGAUCCCUGUUGGCGCAAACAACAGAUCAACAACCACGAAAACAACAACAACAACAUCACCCGAUCAUAUCUCAACAUUAUCAUCCAUUACAACAACAACAGAAACAACAGGGCCCACCUUCGCAACUACAACCACAACCACAACCACCACCACCACCACAAUAUUCACAAUACCCUUUUUCUUAUAAUCCGAACCAGAUAAUGUGGCCUCCUGAAGAUAAUUGGAAUUCAUGGAAUCGUGUGUUCAAAUUAAUAUUAUUAUCAUUUGUAUCUACCAUUGGUUCAAUGGGUGCAAUAUUUAUUGUAUCCGCUAUAACGGUUAUUGAUACAUUUCAAGUACGUGGAAAUUGUUUUCUAGUAUCAUUGGCAUUUGGUCAUCUAUUGGUCACCAUAUUGAUAUUACCAGCAUCAGCAAUAGCCAUUAUGGCCGAUAUAACCGAAGAUCAGACCAUAUGUCAUUUUCAAUGGCUCAUUACAUUGGCCUGUUUUAUUGUGUCCAUAUUAUCAUUUUUAUUCAUGUCGAUUGAUAAUUAUUUUGGAAUGAAAUCAUUGAUUACAUAUCAACUUUGUUGUACAAAAUGUCGUAUUUGUUUUCUGGUCAUUUUAAUCUGGCUAGCCGCUUUUAUCAUACCCUUUUUACAGCAUUCAAAUCAUUUUGGUCCAGAAUUUUGUAAAGAUAAACGCCAUUGGAAAAUAAUGACCGAUUAUCAUCCAUAUGUAUUGGGUUUUUUAAUCAUCUGUACAAUAAUUACAUUGGCCUAUUUUACAUAUUCAUUAUUUAUGUAUAAAAAUUAUAAAAUUCAAUUAGAAUCAACACCUGAAGCGGCAAAUUUUAUUCUCACUGAUGGUUGUCUAUUACAAUCAAAUGUGAUUGUUUAUGUUUGUUCAUUGGCAAUGUGGCUACCAUUGAUUGUUACAAUGGUCGUGGAUUCAAUAAAUCCAGUGCCACAAGAUUAUUUGGACACCGUAUGGUAUAUAGCCAUAUCGAAUUCAUGUUCAUUUUCCUAUAUGUAUGCGGCAACAAAUCGUGAUUUUCGUGAUGCAUUCAAUAAAUUAUUCUAUUAUUGUUGCUGUAAAUCACAUGUAACAUUUUCAAGAAAAGGUGCUACAAUUCGUCGUACCGUAGCUAAUGAAUCGAUGGGUUUACGUGUUCACAUUAUACCUGGUUUAAAUAUUUAUGCUCAACGUAAAGAAACAAUGAGCAGUGGUGGUGGCGGCGGCGGCGGCGGUUUCGGCAGUAAUACAACAGCAUCAACAUCAUAUCGUUCCGGCGGUGGAGGUGGUUAUGGAUCAUCAUCAUUUGGUGGUGGUGGUGGUGGUUUUUUCGGUAGCCAUCAUGGUGGUGGUGGUGGUGGUUCACAUUCAGCCGGACAUUAUUCCGGUUAUUAUCGUUCACAUAAAUCAUGCGAGCUUUAAAAACAACACACUACAAACAAA